AUGGAGGUGGUGGUGAUGGCGAUGACGAUGGCGAUGGUGGUUUGUGGGGGAGGUAGUGGUGGAGGAGGUGGGGGUAGUAGUGGUGGUGGCAGUGGGAGUGAGGUGGUGAAGGAGGUGGGGGUGAUAGUGAUGGUGGUGGUGGUGGUGGCGAUAGCAGUGGUAGUGAUAGUGGUUAUAUAUGCUGGCAAUGGUUGUGGUAGUGGUGAACGUAGGGCUGAUAAUGGGGGUGGUAGUGGUGGUCCAGGUGGGGGUAAGGGUGGUCCAGGUGACAGUGACGAUGAUGGUGUUGGUUGUGGCAAUGAUGGUGCUGACUAUGGUAGUGAUGAUGAUGGUGAUGAUGGUGGUGGUGGUGACAGUGGUGGGGCUGGUGUAGCAGUGGCGGUGGGUGGUGGUGGAGGUGGCGGUGGCGAUGGACGCGACGACGAUGACUAUGGUGGUGGUGAUGGCGGCGGUUAUGGUGAUAGUCAUGAUAAGAUGGUGGUAGUAUAA